GGACCAUGCACUGUGAUGGAUAAAUGUGGGGAAUCAAUUUACAAGAUCUGCUGCAAGACAAAAAGGGAAAUCCAGCAUAAAUAUGUGGGAGACCCUCUUGACAGUAAUACUACCGGUGAUGGCGAUGACACAAGAGUGCCCAGAGCAGCGGCCAGCACCUCUGUCUGGGAUAAUUGCAAGACCACACCAGGGCGCCCUGAUCAACAAUGUCCAAUGGGUCCAUAUUCCAGUCCUGGUGAACUUGACAGCAUGGUCUCCAGAUCUGGACGAGCACUGCAAGGGGGAGAGCGUGACCCAGAUGUACAAGGACCUCAUGACAACAGCAUUCCUGAAAUACCAUGACAUGGUGGCUGCCAACUUCCAGAGCGACAGCCCAACCCCCACACCUACCAGACGAAAACUGCUCGGGUUCCUGGAUGGUGUUCUAGGAGCUACGGGAACCGGGUUAGGUAUUUCAAAUUGGAUGGAUACCCUACAAAUGAAAAGGAAUGAACUAAAACUGAAGGAGUUGAUUGCCACUCAGGUCCUACAAACUGACGCUUUCUUACAAGAGGGCCUAAAGGAGGAACAGGACACAGUAGGAAAUAUACACACCAUUGCAUCUGCACUGUCAAUCCUUGCUGACAGGGCCAGGAAAGCAUUUAAAACCAUUCACAAAGAAGUGUAUUGUGCCCAGUUUUCCUCAGUUAAAUAUCAAGAGAUUUCACACAUACUCCAGGAGAUCCAGGCUGGCAGAGUGCCAAUAACUCUCUUCACAGAGGAGGUUGUUAUGAAAUGGUUUGGACUAAACAAAUGUUUCAACACAUCCUCGGACAAUUUCAAAGACUUCAUGACUAACCUUGACAAAUGCAAACUGCCGAUUCCAUAUAGUAAACUAAUCCAAAUGGCGAGGAUCACCUCCCAUCCUAUCCCGGCUGGAUUUUACAGCCCAUUCGAUUAUGGCCCUCUCAUGGAGGGUACCAAUUUGCCCUUCUCUCCAAAGGGAGGAAAACCAUCAAAACCAAGCAAUAAGAUUCCCCCCAUACAAAUCAUACGAUGGUGGAAUGAGACUGUGUUUAACAAUUUACAGGACAAAACAUGGGCAUGUUCUGCUGGAAACUCUCUCCCACAGUUUGGCUGUUUCAUGAGACAAAUGUAUGCCAUGCUAGUAACGGUUUCUAUCCCUGUCUUCCAACCUGAGCAGGUAAUGGACAGAAUUGUAAAGCUUGAGAGUAUUGGCAGUUUACAAGGAAAUGUGCUAAAGGAGAGAAAAGACAUUCCAAAUUUUAUAACCCAACUAAAAAUGGAGGGCUGUAGACACACAGUGCUGUGA